AUGAAUAAGUCUGAACUCCUGGCUUUGCGGCAACACUUUGGGUUCAACAACCGCGUGAAGGAGUUCCCGGGCUAUGGGGGAAAAAUUCACGCCCUCGGCUGGAAUGCAUCUGGGAGCAAACUUGCCUCAGCCUCUUCGGACAAGUGCGUGAAUAUAUACUUCCUGGAUUCAACUCGUCUGAGCAAACUCCAAACCUUCAGAGGCCACACUGACAGCGUUGACCAACUGGCUUGGCAUCCUUCUGCUAAUGACACGCUUGCAACAGUUGGAGCGGAUGGAACCGUUCGCCUGUGGGAUUGUCGUUCCAAACGCACUACUACAGCACAACUUAAAGGUGAAAAUAUCAACGUUGCGUGGUCCCCAGAUGGACAUACAAUUGCAGUGGGAAACAAAAAUGACCUUAUUACCUGGCUGGAUGUUCGCUCCGACUUGAAGACCAUUCAAUCCGAACAAUUUAGCUUUGAAAUUAAUGAGUUCUCUUGGAAGCCCUUUAGUGAUCUUAUGCUUCUUGCCUCCGGGAACGGUGGAAUUUUGGUCUAUAGUGGGAAACCUGGUGAAAUGCGGCGUGAAACUAUCCUCCAAGCACACCCGUCUAACGCAAUGUGUCUUCAAUUUUCCCCCUCUGGGGGGUAUUUCGCUGUUGGCAGCGCAGAUGCUCUCGUUUCAUUGUGGGACUCUGAUGAGUUUGUCUGUCUUCGAACGCUCUCUAGAUUAGAAUGGCCUGUCAGAGCUCUGGGCUUUUCGCAUGACAGUCAACUGAUUGCUUCUGCCAGUGAAGAUCACUUCAUUGAUAUUGGUUGUGUUGAGACAGGUGAACAGGUGUACCGUCUGGGCACUCAGGCAGCAGCCACCUUCGUUCUCGCUUGGCAUCCGAAGCACUACUUGCUUACCUACUCCAGCGAAGCAAAGUAUGAUCGAGACCAGGGGGUAAUCCGAAUGUUCGGUUUUUCUUCUUCCUCCUCCCUUGAUUCAGAGAAUCGCAAAUCUUCCAGUCUACCCGUGACUGUGGACCACUCAUGA